AUGUUGGAAUAUCAACAAGAUCUAUUACGAAUAGGAAGUUAUACUUUAAAACAAAUCGAUCGACCAUAUAAUUUGAAUGAACCUUGGGAAACUUCUGUUCGAAAUGUAUAUCAAGAAUUAAGACAGAAAAUGUUUCAGAAAAAUAGAAUCAUGACUAUGGUUUAUGGAUAUUACUUGGGAGAAUUAAUUCAAUUAUCCAUUACCCCUCGUGAAAAAUGGAAAGA